AACAAGAGCAUAUGUAGUACACAAAUAGAUAACUGAUCGAGAUUGCAUUGUCUGAGAUAAUGGAGAAAAAGCAAGUGGCCAUCAUCGGAGCCGGAAUCAGUGGCCUCCUCGCCUGUAAAUACUGUCUCUCCAAAGGUUUCAAACCCAUCGUUUUCGAGUUAGAAUCCGACAUAGGUGGCGUAUGGAUGAAAACCAUUAAUACCACGAGGCUCCAGACGCCGAAACUUGUGUUUCAGUUUUCCGACUUCCCAUGGCCGUCUUCUGUCACCGAUGACUUCCCUAACCAACAAGAACUUCUAGACUACAUCCGGUCCUACGCCACCCACUUUGAUCUCAUACCCCACAUCAAAUUCAAUUCUCGAGUCAAGGGAAUUAGAUAUGACGGACCAUCGUCGGAGACAUGGUCGCUCUGGAACGGCACCGGCGAACCAUUUCCACCGGAAGGCAAGUGGAUUGUCACGGUGGACGACACUCAAACUGCCACCACCCAGGUCUACACCGUCGAUUUCGUGAUUCUCUGUUUGGGAAGAUUCAAAGAUGUUCCAAACAUACCGGAUUUCCACGCCGGAAAAGGCCCUGAAGCUUUCCAAGGCCCGGCGAUACACUCCAUGGACUACGCAGCCAUGGAUAACGACACAGCUGAAGAAUUCGUCAAAGAAAAGAGGGUCGUCGUCGUGGGAUUCGGAAAAACUGGACUCGACAUUGCAAGAGAGUGCUCCUCCAUCAAUGGCCCAGAACAUCCGUGUACGAUAGUAUACCGGCGUGAUCAUUGGAAGCUCCCUGAAUGGUCUGCAUGGGGAAUCCCGUUACCGUUUUUAUACUUGAAUCGCUUUUCCCAGCUUAUGGUUCACAAACCCGGCGAAGGUUUUCUCCUUAGUCUGGUGGCUACUUUGCUUUCACCUCUAGGUUGGGGAGUCUCGAAACUUGUGGAAACCUACAUCAAAAAGAAGAUCCCACUCGCAAAGUUCGACAUGGUGCCACAACAAAGCUUCUCAAAAGAAGCCCGCUCAUGUGUGAUUUGCUACAUGCAAGAUCCUGAGGAAUUCAUCGAGGCAGUUGAGAAAGGAAGCAUCAAGUUGAAGAAAACUCCAAACUUUAGCUUUUACGACAAAGGUAUAUCGAUUGAAGAAGACAACACGCGUAUAGAAGCGGACAUUAUAAUAUUCGCAACUGGAUUCAAAGGCGUUGAGAAGCUCAAAGACAUUUUCGAAUCAUCAACAUAUCGUGACUUGAUCACUGGUUCACCACGAAUCCCUCUAUACAGGGAAUGCAUUCAUCCAAGGAUACCGCAGCUAGCGAUAAUUGGAUUUUCUGAGAGUUUUUCCAAUAUUCACACCUCCGAAAUGAGGUCGAAAUGGGUGGUUGCGCUUCUUGAAGGUGCGUUCAAGCUGCCGAGUGUUGAUGAGAUGCAGAAAGAUAUUGGGAGAUGGGAUGAAUAUAUGAAGCAAACAGCUGGGGAAUACCAUAAUCGAUCGUCAAUUGGUGCUUUAGAAAUAUGGUACAAUGAUCAACUGUGCAAAGACAUGGGUAUGAAUCCUAUGAGAAAGAAUGGACUGUUGGCAAACCUUUUUGAACCGUUUGGUCCCAUGGACUACGCCUAAUCAGAAAAAGCUGAAUUGAUUCUAUCAGAUUUUGGUAGCAUUAUUCUGUCCAUUAUUUAAUUUAGUAACUUUAUGUACUUUGGGGUGCUUUAUUUUUUCUCCAUUAAGUUGUUGAAUACUGAAAGGCUAGUAAUUUUUA